UGUUUUUUUUUUAAUAUUAUUAUUAUUAUUAUUAUUAUUAUUAUUAUUAUUUUCCCCUCUUUUUAUUGAGGUCCACUAUUAGGAAAAAAUAAUGCACUAGUAGUUCUAUUUAUUUAUUUAUUUAUUUGAAUAAAGUAGUUCUAUUUAUUAAACAUUUAUAGUUUGCAAUAAAAUUAAUUAAGACGUUUUUGCGUACCUAAACAUUAAUCAUUUAAAAAUUCUUUGAAUAAUUCACUUACAAAGAAAAAAAAAAAAAAAAGGUUUAUAAGUUGGUAACAUGGUAGCCCACUAAUAAAAGUAUGAAAGCAUACAUUUUUCUUAUAAAUAUGAGAUAAUGUCUCCUUAAUCUCUGUCAUUUUGAAUUUUGAUUAAGAUUUAAAAAUAGUUUAUACUACAAGUUCAUACCAAAAACCGGCAGGCAUUAGAAGAAAGAUAGAUCAUAAAUAGACCUCAAUUUAACUUGGUUUAGAACAAAUAAAAACAUAGCACAAGAAAACAAAAUGGCAGAAAAGGAGAUUAAGAAAAUUGUGGAGAGCAAACCAACGGCUGUUGCUACACCAUCUUCUUCAUCAUCAUCCGGCAUCACCGAGGAGAAGUCAAAGGCUACUACUCCUCCCUCGGCCCCGGCAAUUCCUGAGACUAUCGUUCCUGUAGUUGAAAAAGCUGAAGAGGCUGAAUCUCAAAGAAGUAGACAAUCAUCUGACAGGGAUAUUGCAUUAGCACAUGUUGAGCAGGAAAAGAGGUUGUCUUUUAUUAAGGCGUGGGAAGAAAGUGAGCAAUCUAAAGCAGUCUACAAGGCCGAGAAGCAGAUUUCUGCUCUCAACGCUUGGGAGAACAGAAAGAAAGCAUCCAUCGACGCUAAGCUGAAGUAUAUCGAGGAAGAGCUUGAAAAGAAGAAGGCUGAGUAUGCAGAAAAGAUGAAGAACAUGGUAGCUCUAGUCCACAAGCAAACAGAAGAGAAGAGGGCAAUAGUUCAAGCAAGAAAAGGCGAGGAUCUUCUCAUGAUCCAGGAGAAGGCUGCUAAAUACCGAGCCACAGGAUAUACCCCAAAGAAGAUCCUUGGUUGUAUCUCAUUUUAGAUCAUCCACAGCAGAGAUAGUUACCUCAGGUUAAUGCAGUUUCAAAGUGUAGCAGUGCACUAGAUUGCGUUAGUUAAGAUUGUUUUUGCGAGUAAACAAGUUGUGUGAGAGAUCAGUGUAAUAGCUGUAAUUGAUGUUGUUCUAUUUGCCAAUAGGAAAUUCGGGUUGGAUAUAAGUUUUUGGUUGGGUUUUGGCCUUGAAUUCAGAAUCAGAUGAUCAAGUAUGUCUCAUUUUCGCCAAAUUUAGGCUUAAAUAUUUGUCGAUGAAGUUCAAGUUCAUUGUUUUCAGUCGUAACAUUUGCAAUAAACCAUAUACAUAUAUUUCAAUCAAGCCAUUUAAAGAGUCUACAGACAAUAUUACAAUUACAAAACGCAGCACGACAUCAGAAAACAGAUCUAGGAACAUGAACCUCUAUUUUGCAGCUCA